CAUGUGGAAAAUCUAAUUUGUCAAAAUGACUGAAAAGUCUGCCUGAAUACUUGGUACACCCUUUAGCAUUCAUCAUUAAACGCUACACAGAAUAGUUGAUUUUUUGAGAGAAAUGUGGAUUUAGAACUUAGCUCUUUUUCUGUCCGUUUACGGACUUCGUUGCGUGAACAUCAGAAAUACUUAUAGUGAAAAAUUAAGUGUUGGAUUUAAACGAAUACGACGGGAUUCAUUCACAAUCGCAUAUAUGGUGUUCCUAUGUUAGCAGAAAUCCGAGAAUGGCGGAUGUCAAUGACAGACUAGAAUCUGGCGAUGUUGCCAUAGCAACCUCAUUUCCAAGUCAUAAUGAAAUAGUGAUUCAUAACCAGGACAUCACCAUCGAGACUUCUGAUCAGGAUUCAUCGUGCAAUAAAGAACUGCGAGAAAAAAGGCGCCGAAAAAGGCCAAGGUCAUUCAAAGACGAGCACUCUCAGUACGCCCAGAUUGGUAUUCAUGUUGAAAAGCCUAGCUCUCCAAUCUCUGAAAAAUCCUCAUCUACUAAAUCAAAAGCACCGAAAUCACCAACUUCCGUUUACACAGUAGGCGGAAGUGACGAAAAGCCUCGACUUGAACUUAAAGCACGUGAGGUGUCCACGAGGCAGUGUACUUUUGAAAUAGGUGAAGAAUGGGAACAAUUUCAAACAAUUCGCCCGAAUAAAUCUAUAAGCUGCCCACCAAGUCCAGUGAGUAGUAGAAAGGACGAUAAAAUACUCAGUGGGCGUGACAACCCCGGAUACGCUGCAAGUGAGCCUGGGGCUGAAAUCGAUCAAGAUCUGACUGAUUCAUCGGAUAAAACAAAAGAUCCAUUUCCGUUUCAUUUUUUGUUCAAUUCUUCGUCGUCAAAUCCACUUAAACAGCAUCAUAUCGUUCCAAAUCCAUUCAACAAAAUCAAUCACCGCUUCCACAGCACGCUGCAAUGUCCUUGCUUCCUGUUUUUCUUCUUCCUGUGCUGUUUACCGGCAGUUCACUUGAUGCAAAAGUCUGACCGCUCAUUCAAGAACGGAAACAACCGCAGCGCUAAGAACUUUGGGAAAUUUUCAACGUUCUUUUAUCUGCUUGGAUCCAUUAUCGGAGUUGCUUUUCUGUCAAUUUCAAUAUAUUUUGCAGCAGAUUAUGUACGUCAAUUUGUGAGUGAAUCACCAAAUUAGGAAAUGACGUUUAAUGUUAGUCUGAUGUAAUGUUUUUGGUACAUUUUUGUAUUUCUAACAAUAUGAAGUUCGAUUUUACCUUAAGAAUAUGGACACACGACAAUGCGACACAAAUUUGCAUUAAUCCCUUAGUAAAGCAACAUAAGACAAAGAUAAGCAGAGUGUUUGUUGUGGAGAGGAAGUCGUUGUAGGGAGUAUCUUAUUUACAAAAUAUACAAAUGGGAACUAAAUAAAUCACAUCUUUGAUCCCUGG